GAGAAAGAGCGAUACAGAAUAACCCAAACAAAUGCGGAGGAAAAGUUGCGUCAAAUUCCAGAAAGAGAGAGAAAUUUCGACAACUCAAAACUCAAACAGGGAGGGCGGUCAUUGCAAUAACCCUUCAAAUAAAUAUUAAUUAAUAAGAAAAACACACACAACACGAAGAAAUUGCCGAUUUGAUUCCUUGGAGAAGAGGUUAGGUUGGGUGUUAACUGUUUUAAAUAUAUAUCACUCAAAACCGAACACAACACUCGCCGACGUUAACGUUAAGAAACAUUUGCAAAAUAUGCAGCCUCAUACGCCUCUGUUUCAGGCCGCUACCUCUGUUUCCUUCUUCACUCUCUUUCUCGCUUAGCCUUCUCCUUCCUUUUCUCUUUCACUUCUCAGUUUCUUCUUCCUUCUGCCAGCAAUGCCGACCUUUACUGCCAUAGCAUUGGAUAGGUUGUUAGAGCCUGGAGCUUCCGUGCCAGUUGAUAAAUCUGCUCCAACUCCAAUGCAUGUUCAAAACUCACAGAAUCUGGAGAGGAGUACUAGUGCACCGGCCAAGAAAAAUAAGGUUCCUCGUCCGCGAUUAAAACCAGCACUUUAUGCCACUCCUGAAGUGACGCCGCUUCCAGAUUCACCUUCUUCAUUCCCUCCUUCACCAUACAUCAUCAACCACAAACGUCGUGGCCCUCGCCUGCUCAAGAGUUCUUCAGAGGCCAGUGUACUGGCUGAAGUGAAUAUUCGUGGUGGUGAAAUUGUUAAUGAUAAGUGCUUAGAUACUGUUGUCGCUAGUUCAGCUGGUGAUCUCCAUGUCACUUUUACAAACCCUGAACUUGUUAAAGAGGAGCAGGUGAAUGGUGUCUGUGAUGGCGAACUUAAUAGCAGCAUUGAUGCUGACCAUGAAAAUGGACGCAGAGAAACUGGAAUUAGUAGCUUAGCCGAUGCUUUACUCAGGGAAAAGCCCCUGGCAUUGAAUUUGAACAGAGAUAGAGAGGCUGAAGACUUUUUUGAUCCUCAAGAUUCAAUGAGUUUCACAAGUAACACAGAUGGUGAAGACAAUGCAGGGACAGAACUGUCUGUGAAAUUCAGUAGUCCUGGUGGGGAGUUUUAUGAUGCAUGGGAAGAAUUAUCUUCAGAAGGUGUGACUCAAAAUUCUACAUAUGAUGUUGAAGCUGAACUGCGUGAAAUGAGGUUAAGCCUAUUGAUGGAGAUAGAAAAACGGAAGCAAGCUGAAGAAUCCCUUAACAAUGUGAGAAGCCAAUGGGAAAGUAUUAGGCAAGGGUUGUAUACUGCAGGAAUUAUCUUGCCUGCCGAUCUUACUGCUGUUGCUGAGGUUGAGCAGCUGAAAUUUGAUCCUGUGGAAGAUCUAUGUCAGCAAGUUUAUGUUGCUAGGUUCAUAUCAAAUACCAUUGGAAGAGGAACUGCCAGGGCAGAGGUAGAGACAGAGAUGGAAGCUCAACUGGAGGCCAAGAACUUUGAGAUUGCUAGACUCUUGGAACGUCUCCACUGCUAUGAGACCAUGAAUAGGGAGAUGUCUCAGAGGAACCAGGAAGCAGUAGAGAUGGCACGGCGUGAGAGGCAAAGAAGGAGCAGGAGGCAAAAAUGGAUUUGGGGCUCCAUCACAACUGUGAUUGCUCUUGGUACUGCAGCAAUAGCAUGGUCUUAUCUCCCAAUGGGUAAAGGAUCAUCCUCUGUCAAUCAUGGUCUAGUUCCAGAACAUGAUGAUACAACCAAGUAAUUUAGUACAUCACCACUAACUGCAGUGGCGUAUUAUCGUAGGACAGCACAAUAAAGGUUUACACGUCACUGUUUAGUCAACUUAUCUCUUGAUCAGGUGUAAUUUUCCAGAGUAUGUGCAUAAAUUAGAUAUAUAAUGAACAUGUGCUUUCCGCUGGAAAUCUUGGUAUGUAGCUCAGUGAAGUGUUUUGAUUCGUAUUGAUAAAAUAUUCCAUAGCUUAUGCAUUUGUGCUACCAGCUGUUUCACAUGGAAAUUCUGAGGCCGGGAGUAUAUGUUUGGCCAUCUCAUACCUCUAGCACAUUGUGCAUUUAUAAUAAAUUGUCCAAGCCCGUUCCUCUCACCAUUCUCAUGCAGCAAGAUAGAAUUGAAUUGACAUCUGAUAAGGGUAAUCUGGUUGAGCAAUGAAGAAUGUGGAAUUCUGGCUUAUUUGAGCUGUCUGGGUUGGUUUUUUUAUUGGUGAAUUAGUGUAUUAGUAAAAUACUUAUUAUUGAAUUAGUGUAUUAGUAAAAUACUUAUUAUAGUAAUUCGUUGACACCACAGGUCGAAAUAUGUCACAGAUGCAUUAUUUUAGGGUUUCAGAUAAAACAUUGUUGAUAAUAAUAACCCUAUCAACUAUUGGUUUUCCUGUUUUAGUCAAUUCUAGUAUUUGGAUUUUCCAGAACCUUGCACUGGAAAAAGAAUGCUUAUUCAUCUUAUUGCAGUAGGUAAGUUAUAAAUUUUGGUUUUUAGUUAUAUAAUUUUUGUUGAAUGG